AUGUCCCAGUUUGACAAUCUUCCAGCCGUUCCUGCUGGAGUUAUCCAACGGGUGACUAUCGAACGGAUGGCUGCGCUUCUACGCGAAGAAUGCGAACAUCUCGAGGCUGACACUUUUGAGAAAGUUGAGGAGGACGAUUUCAAGAGUGAGCUGGAGGAUACCAACGGAAUGUCCCAGUUUGACAAUCUUCCAGCCGUUCCCGCUGGAGUUAAGUGUGGAACUUGCGCGACAAUUAAUUCCAACGACUUGUAUGAGUUAGAUGAUUGCUGGAUGUGUAGGAGUUGCCUAAAGCAAGUAGCCAUAAAUCAGAUCCGAAUCAAAUGCCUACCUAUCCGCUUAACGCUUGUCGUCCCACCCGGAACUACCUCUUAUGACGUUUUGCCGUCUAUCCUUCCUCUCCCGCUCUUCAAUUUUUACACAAAGCUUGCCGCCCUUGAACUAAUUGAACUAUCGAUGGAUGAAGAAACCGAUCUUGGCCAAUGUCCGGGGUGCAACCAAGCGGUCGAAAUCAAUAGACGCAACGCUUGUCGUCCCACCCGGAACUACCUCUUAUGA